CUUGUGAAAUGUUCGACUGUGCAUCGCCCGCAUAGUUUAAGCGUCUCCAUCACGACAAUCUUAUGUCCAGUAAACUACUUACGUUUGAAUGACUGCUCCGCAGUUAUCGCUGAUAUUCUUAGGCCUUGCUUCGCGUGAGUGCUGCCGGUAAACUAUUUGCUGUCAAGAUACCGGCGCGUGCGCGUGUGUUUUUUUGUUUUGAAGAUGGCACCGGAAAUUAAAUAUAUUAAGUUAUUUAUCAACAACGAGUGGGUCAACUCUCAAAGCGGCAAGACGUUUGAUACGUUCAAUCCUCACGAUGGCUCCGUCAUCGCGAAUGUGGCUGAGGGUGACAAGGCUGACAUAGACUUAGCCGUGAGCGCCGCGAAGGCUGCCUUCCACCGCAAUUCAGAAUGGCGGCUCCUGGACGCCUCAGCUCGCGGUCAAAUACUCUGCAGGUUCGCGGACCUAGUCGAGCGCGAUGCACUUUUCCUUGCUGAGUUAGAGUCAUACAACAAUGGCAUGCUGAUCACCUUCGCCCUGUGGGCGAUCAAGGGAAGCGGAAAAUUCAUCCGCUAUAUCGCUAGUUUGGCUGAUAAAAUUCAGGGAGACACCAUCCCCGCUGAUGGUGACGUAUUUGCGUAUACAUUGAAGCAACCAGUGGGCGUUUGCGGACUGAUUCUACCUUGGAACGUGCCUGUGCUUAUGUUCAUAAACAAAGUCGUGACUGCCUUAGCUGCAGGUUGUACGGUAGUCGUGAAGCCGGCUGAGCAGACGCCUUUAACGGCCCUGGCGUUGGCUGCUCUGCUGAAAGAAGCUGGCGUGCCCGCAGGCGUCGUCAAUGUAGUCAACGGAUAUGGCCCCAGUGCCGGAGCCGCACUCACACAACAUCCAGACGUCGCUAAGAUCUCUUUCACUGGAUCAGUUGAGGUUGGCAAGCUGAUUCAAACGGCGGCCGGAGCUAACAAUCUAAAGCGGGUUACUCUGGAGCUCGGUGGAAAGAGCCCCCUCGUCAUAAUGGCCGAUGCGGAUUUGGAUAUAGCGGUGCGCACUGCAGCGUUUGGUGUUUUCGGCAAUCAGGGCCAGAUGUGUAUCGCCGCCUCGCGUCUAUACGUCCAGUCUUCCAUCUACGAUAAGUUCGUCGAAAAGGCAGUCGAGUUCGCGAAGAACAUUAAGAUCGGACCUCCUACUGAACAAACCACACAGCAUGGACCACAGAUUGACGAGGAGAUGAUGAAUAAAGUUCUUCGCUACAUUGAAAAGGGCCAACAAGAGGGAGCAAAACUUUUGAUCGGUGGUCAACGGAUUGGAAACCGAGGUUUCUACAUUCAGCCAGCCGUAUUCAGUAACGUCACUGAUGACAUGACGAUAGCAAAAGAAGAGAUAUUCGGCCCUGUGCAGAGCAUCCUAAAGUUCGAAACGCUGGAAGAGGUGAUCGAACGCGCCAACAACACCAGUUACGGGCUUGCUGCCGGCAUCUUCACCACCGACAUUACCAAAGCUCUGCAGUUCACUAAACAUGUCGAAGCCGGUGUCGUUUGGGUUAACCACUAUUUGUCAUACAACCCACAAUGUCCGUUUGGCGGCUUCAAAGAUUCUGGAAUUGGGCGCGAAAAUGGAAUGGACUGCGUCAACGCUUACCUGGAGGUUAAGACGGUGAAUAUGGCUCUGCCGAAAAAGUUUUAGAAUACGACUAAAUCUUUGCCCGCAUGGAUGGGGCUUCAUCAAAUAAUCAAAAUCAAGUGAUAUUUUUAUUACACUAUAUAGUUCAUUGUUCAUUAUUUGAAACCAUUAGUUUGUGUUUGUAUUCCUAAUAAGCAAUAUUAUCGUUUACAAUAAAUCUUAAAGCCCUAAAAACGCUUACUCAUUUUUAAACUGAAAAGAAAUCAGUGAAACUAAUACAAUAUGGUUCUGGUUCUGUAGCGUUCGACUCGCCGGCACUCAGUAUCCGUAAAGGGACCACACAAGAAAUCGCAAAUUAUUUUUCCAUUUCUUCAUUUUGAAUCUUAUUGCAAUUUCCAUAGGAGUUGUAAUUCAAUAGCCGGUUAAAGUCGCCGGACCAUUUUUAGGGUUCCGUAGCCAAAUGGCAAAAAACGGAACCCUUAUAGUUUAUGCAGGUAGGUAGUCGCGUGCGGUUUUACUUAACAAUAGACAAAGGAUAAGCCGCUCGGGGCCAGCUACAAACCUAACGACUAUACAAGCUUUUAUCGCUGACUGUACUUUUUUUCCACAGGCAACUAAUACUCAUCGAGACAAUUCUAAAACCCCCAAACACAAUUCGGUUGCGUUGUUUUAUCACAGAGUUCCUAUGGCUACAUCCUGUCUCCAUCAUCAGAUCAGCUUGAUGGUACCAUAAUUAUUGCAUUGUCACCCGAUUUACAUAUGUAUGCAAACUUUCAGCUUCAUCGGAAACCGGGAAGUGAUUUAAAACACUCCCUUCGGUCGUGUUUUAAUUUAUCGCCACUCGUUACGAAUUUCCUAUUUUUCGCACUUGUAUCGUAAAUAACUAUUAUUACACUCCCGCAGACGGUUAAGUAUCUAAUGUUUUCCAAGUGUAUGUAAGUACUUUCGUUUCCUAAGCAAUUUUGUGCAAAUGAUGGCCUUUGCUUUAGUGGAGCAAAGCUCCAUUUCAUUCUGUUUCGUGAAGUCAGCCCCAAUAAUUUGCAUGGCAUCUCCAUUGAAUGGGCAUACUUCAUGCAUAGAAAUGGGAUCGUCCCCCACUCGGUCCUCAUUUCCUCAUUUGGUUUACGAUAACGUACUGCACGCACGGAUCUAUCAUUUGUUUCGAAUAGUGGUUGUGCGCGAAGACGAAAAUAUAACAUCUAUAACAGUUAUUAUGUCCGCAACUAAGCAUAAAGGUUUGAAAAAUAAUAAUUUAAACUACCCGAGACUAGUAAUGAUGUAAAAUAUUGACAAUGCGUGAAGAGAGGUUCUGGAAUGAUAUUAUAAAACGUAUGGGAAUGACAUGAAUAAAAUGUAAUUCCAAAAGAUAUACACAUCUCACUGAUAUGAUUCCAAAAUCAUUCGAAUAUCGGUCUGAUGUCACUUCAAUAGGUAACAAAUAUUUCCAUUAACGUUCAUGCCUUUUUAGGGUUCCGUAGCCAAAUGGCAAAAAACGGAACCCUUACUCGUAUAGAUUCGUCAUGUCCGUCUGUCUGUCCGUUUAUGUCACAGCCACUUUUUCCCGAAACUAUAAGAGCUAUACUGUUCAAACUUGGUAAGUAGAUAUAUUCUAUAAACCGCAUUAAGAUUUUUACACAAAAAUAGAAAAAAAACUAUAAAUUUUGGGGGUUCCCCAUACUUAGAAUUGAAACUCAAAAAAUAUUUUUUCAUCAAACCCAUACGUGUAUCUAUGGAUAGGUCUUUAAAAAUGAUAUUGAGGUUUCUAAUAUCAUUUUUUUCUAAACUGAAUAGUUUGCGCGACAGACACUUCCAAAGUGGUAAAAAGUGUCCCCUCCCUUCGUAACUUCUAAAAUAACAGAAUGAAAAAUCUAAAAAAAAAUAUAUGAUAUACAUUGCCAUGCAAACUUCCACCGAAAAUUGGUUCGAACGAGAUCUAGUAAGUAGUUUUUUUUUAAUACGUCAUAAAAAUUAAAAAAAAAAUUUUUCAUGAAACCCAUACCCAUACGUGUGGGGUAUCUAGGGAUAGGUCUUCAAAAAUGAUAUUGAGGUUUCUAAUAUCAUUUUUUUCUAAACUGAAUAGUUUGCGCGAGAGACACUUCCAAAGUG